AGAACUCCGCGCGCGCGGCGGUGAUGGAACGUUGCUAGUUCGCGGGUCCGGCAGCUGGGGCCCCCGGGGAUCGCUCUGCGCCGCGCGCUGGAGCGGGAGUCUGGGAGACAGGCAGGUCUUCAAAUUAAUGCACACAUUCAAAACCCCUGAAUCCGUGGACGCAAUGCACAGGAAGCACCUUCAGGAGAUUCCGGACCAAAGUAGCAACGUCAGCACCAGCUUCACGUGGGGAUGGGAUUCCAACAAGACUUCUGAACUGCUAUCAGGCAUGGGUGUCUCUGCCUUGGAGAAGGAGGAGGUGGACAGUGAGAACAUUCCACAUGAACUGCUCUCAAACCUCGGCCACCCCCAGAGCCCUCCAAGGAAACGGCUAAAAAGCAAGGGCAGCGACAAAGACUUUGUGAUCAUCCGUAGGCCUAAGCUCAAUCGAGAGAACUUUCCAGGUGUUUCCUGGGACUCGCUUCCUGAUGAGCUGCUCCUUGGAAUCUUUUCCUGCCUGUGCCUCCCUGAGCUGCUGAGAGUUUCUGGAGUCUGCAAGAGGUGGUACCGCCUCUCGCUCGAUGAGUCUCUCUGGCAGUCCCUCGACCUCGCCGGUAAAAAUCUGCAUCCCGAUGUGACUGUCCGCUUGCUUUCUCGAGGGGUGAUCGCCUUCCGCUGCCCCCGAUCGUUUAUGGAGCAACCAUUGGGUGAAAGUUUCAGCUCUUUCCGCGUACAGCACAUGGACCUGUCGAACUCAGUGAUAAAUGUGUCAAACCUCCAUGGGAUUCUGUCUGAGUGCUCCAAGCUGCAGAAUCUAAGCCUGGAAGGCCUGCAACUUUCGGAUCCCAUUGUCAACACUCUCGCACAGAAUGAAAACUUGCUGCGACUGAACCUUUGCGGGUGCUCUGGAUUUUCUGAAUCCGCCGUGGCCACGCUGCUAAGCAGCUGUUGUAGACUAGAUGAACUGAAUCUCUCCUGGUGCUUUGAGUUCACUGAAAAACAUGUGCAAGCAGCUGUGGCACAUUUAUCAGCGACCAUCAGCCAGCUCAACCUCAGUGGCUACCGAAAGAACCUCCAGAAAACAGAUCUUUGUACCAUAAUUAAACGGUGCCCCAACCUUGUCCGCCUCGACUUAAGUGACAGUAUCAUGCUAAAGAAUGACUGCUUUCCAGAAUUUUUUCAACUCAGCUACCUCCAACACCUCUCACUCAGCCGGUGCUAUGAUAUAAUACCUGAAACUCUACUUGAACUCGGAGAAAUUCCCACACUAAAAACACUGCAGGUCUUUGGAAUCGUGCCGGAUGGCACCCUUCAGCUGUUGAGAGAAGCCCUUCCUCAUCUGCAGAUUAAUUGUGCCUAUUUCACCACCAUUGCGAGGCCAACUAUGGACAACAAAAAGAACCCGGAGAUUUGGGGUAUCAAGUGCCGACUGACUCUGCAAAAGCCCAGUUGUGUAUGAAGUGCUUGCUGCAGGGCGGUGUCUCCUCCUCCUCUGGAAUGAGGAACACAGGCAGCAAAUCCACUUGCUGGAGACCUUGGUUAUCUUUCCCAUUGGUUUUACCUUAGCCUUCAUUAUGCGUGUAUGUUAGGGAGCCAUUUGCAAGGGAGAACUAUGAAGUGUUACUUUUUCACGAAUAUAGAGACAGUUCCGUCAGUGCUGUGCCCUCAGAGGCCAGUGUUAUUAUGUCUUUGGAAAUUUUAGGUGAACCUGUUAUUUCAAAAUAGCUUUUUAAAGCAAAAUUUGAGCCAACUCUUCCAAGUGCCCUUCAGAUUAAGUCUAUUUAGAAUCACAUUUUUAAAAUUAUCCCUGGCUAACAGUUUUCAUGGUGUUUGUCAUAACUUUUUAUCUAUUUAAUUAUUCAGUAUUUUAUAAAACUUGAUUUUGAAGAAUAAGCUAUUUGUGGUGAGCUAAAUGGAAAGACUCACGGGCUGGUAGCGUUUGAGGCAAUCUUCUGGGAAUUAACACAUUUCAGCUUUGGUGCAGGUGUGAAGUUAGUUUAAUAGAAACAUAGUCCUGCAUAUAGUGUACCUUGAACUCUAAAUGAGAAACAGAGACACAACCCGAAGGAUGGAAUUGGAUUUGAAGCCUCAUAGGGCUGUUUCCCAAAGUCAGGUGAAUAUGAAGUAGUCCUUAAUGGUUUUAGGUACUC